CGAAGACAGCGGGUCAAGAAAUAUCGAUUUAGGCAUCAAAUAUGGAUCUGGCGAAUGGAUAAACUGAAGCUUUUCCACAUAACGCCUUUUAUGCAACGCAUCCAAUGAGUUUACAGCGUCUGAAAGCACCGGGGCUUCCAUGAAUUGCACUAUAAAUUGCACGACAAAUUAAAACCAUUAGGAAUACGGAUAAACAAUGACGGACAAUAUGGUGGCCGGAUACAGCGACACGUCAUUGUGUGACGUUGACACUUGCACUGAGAGCGAGGGAAUCCCCAAAGGCUCUCGCAGGAGGCCACGAGUGCUCUUCUCCCGAGCUCAGGUGAGCGAGCUGGAACGUCGCUUCCGCCAGCAGCGCUACCUGUCGGCGGCAGAGCGCGAGCAGCUGGCCUUCGUCAUCAAGCUGACGUCCACCCAAGUGAAAAUCUGGUUCCAGAACCGCAGGUAUAAGUGCAAGCGACAAAGUCAAGACAGGAAUCUAGAACUUUUACCCAAGAGGGUGCCUGUGCCCGUACUGGUCCGCGACGGGAGAUUGUGCGGAGCGACUUCUUUCCUCUCGCCUGCUUACAAUACAACUUUUGGCAAUUAUAACACUGUAAUUGGAUAUGGGAACAGCGGAGUGUGUGGUUGGAGUAACCACAAUGUGUCUGCUGACAAGAACACAGCAUUCAUUUUUCCGUUGGAGGCUUUCAGAGCCUGCUAUACAGAUUGACACUACAUGCCCACUCUUGGGUAAAUCUUUAUUAUGGAAUAUUUGUACAUCAGCAAGUCAAACUUGUGACUGUUUUUUGUAGGUGGAAAUGUGAGUGGCUGCUUUUAUAAAGUACACAUAAUGUACAAUAAAGUUUUUGUACGGUUGUUGUGUCCAUCAACUCAUUGGCUGCCGUUGGU